ACUCCAAAUUUGUUCUUUUGGUAUUGCAAAUUCCUUGUAUGGGCAGUGUGGUUUAUCAUGCAGGGCUAGGGUUGUCAUCAUCCCAUUCACGACUGAGAUUACCCAGUUUUAGAAUUGCAAGUUUGAUUGAACCCAGUGUGUCAUCAAGAUGGCAAGUCUUGGAACAAGUUGACAAGGAGCUAAGAAAAAGGGGUGAAAGAGCUGCACUUUCACUUGUCAAGGAUUUGCAGGCCAGACCUGGGGGUCUGCGUUGUUUUGGUGCUGCAAGGCAAGUACCCCAGAGGUUCUUCACCUUGGAUGAACUAAAACUGAAUGGAAUAGAAACUUCGUCUAUUCUAUCGCCAGAGGAUGCAACUCUUGGUUCCAUAGAAAGAAACCUGCAGCUUGCAGGUGUCUUAGGAGGAAUUUCUGCAUGGAAUGUGUUUGGAUUUAGCACGCAACAAAUCUUCUAUUUCUCCUUGGGAUUGUUGUUUCUAGGGACACUAGACUCGGUUUCGUUUAAUGGAGGAGUCAGCAACUUGGUUCUUGAUACAAUUGGUCGCACCUUUAGCCAAAAGUACCACAAUAGGGUUGUUCAACAUGAAGCUGGCCAUUUCUUAAUUGCUUACUUGCUGGGAAUUCUUCCCAAGGGGUAUACGCUAUCAAGUCUGGAAGCUUUGAAGAAGGAAGGAUCACUCAAUGUUCAGGCAGGAACUGCAUUUGUGGAUCUUGAGUUUGAUGAAGUAGUUAAUGCUGGAAAAGUAUCCUCCACGAUGCUGAACAGAUUCUCUUGUAUAGCGCUAGCGGGCGUGGCGACUGAGUAUCUUCUACAUGGAUACUCCGAGGGAGGCCUUUCUGAUAUCAAUAAGUUGGACAUGUUGCUCCAAAGCUUGGGUUUCACUCAGAAGAAGGCGGAUUCUCAGGUGAGGUGGGCUGUUCUCAAUACUAUUCUAAUAUUGCGUCGCCAUGAAGGAGCCCGAGCAAAGCUAGCAGAGGCCAUGUCUCAGGAAAAAUCUGUGGGUUUUUGCAUUGACAUUAUAGAGAAAGCCAUAGACGAAGCAGACCUAUAGUCUUCGACUUGGUUGCACUGAUGCCUGAUGUUCAAUUUAUUAAAACCAUUAUUUUAUGGUUUUCUUGUUUUGAGGUUUAUGAUUACUAAUCUGAUGAUUGGUUCAACCACUACCAAUACCUUGUUUUUAUUUUCCUUUUGGGGAUUAAUAGUUUGAUUCUCAGUUGUUCAUAUAUGUGAAAUGUAUCCAGCCAGAUAAAAAAUGAAGCUAAACUGUAAUGAGAGGCGAAAGACAACAUUCAAGCUUUCUUUAAAGUUCAAGACUGUUUUAACUUCUAUGCAAAUGAAAUUAUUCCACUGUAAUCUUUCCUCUUAUGUGCAAACAAAUUUUCUCUCCUUGUGUUUGUUUGUAGUUGUCGUGGUCAAUAUUGAGUUUGGAAGCAUUGAAUCUGCCCACUGAAUUUAAAAUUAAAAGAAAUUUAUUUCAAAGGUGCUCCAACCCUUUAACUGCCUAAAAUACCUGUUUAGCCCCAUGGAAAAAAAGAAAUUAAAAAAAAAAACUCCAAAGCAAAUAGCCCAUUGCAUUAUCAUGCAAAUUAAAACUUUCAAAAAAAAAAAUUCUUGUGGCAAAUUUAACUCGCACUCAUAUGUUAAUAAGACUUGCACUCUUGGCUUAACAUUACACUAUAAUUGUAGUAUUUGUCCAAAGAGCAUUACUAUUUGGGCUGAAAUAGUCUUAAAUCAGAGA